AUAACAAGCCGCUCUGUUUUAUCUAUCGACGGCAUUUACGCGCGAUCAAUGCCACCCGUAUUGCGUUGUACGAGAAGUGCGCUAUUUUAAAACUGACUCGCUUUCCUUGAGUCGGCUGCGAUCGGCAAUCAUUCCGCAAUAAAAUCCAAAGUGUAACUGGCAUAACAUUGCGUAAAAUACGGCAGUGAGAAAUAACGGCACAGCGCGAACAUACAGCAGGUGUACGAGCAGCAACGAGCUGCGCUCGGUCUUCGUCAUCUCGCAUCUCGUCGUCGGGAAACGAGCGAUCAUGUUGAGCUUGUCGAUUGCUAUUUUGCUAGCGACGGCCGCGUCGCAUCUGCAAGCGCAACAAGUUGCGUUCGAAUGGAAGUACCUGAACUUCAGCUGGCCUUCGACGCAGGCUUACGAGGAUGCCGUGAAGGACGGCUCGUACGUGCCUGCGAAUACAGUGAUCACGGGAAUCAAAGUCCACAAGGGCAACGUGUACUUGAGCCUGCCACGCUGGAAGCGCGGUAUUCCGGCGACUCUGGCAGUGCUGUCGAAAAGCGCCGAGAAAUCGUCGCCCCUUUUGCAGCCGUAUCCCAACUGGCGAAUGCAGAAAUUAGACGACUGCGCGGCCUUUCAAUAUGUGCAGAGCAUGGAAAUCGACCCGCAAGGUCGCAUGUGGGUGUUGGAGAACGGCCGCACUGAAUUUAGGACCGACAAUCCGAGAACCAAGUGUCCGUCGCGAUUGGUCAUUCUUGAUCUUGAGAGCGACGGUCAAAUUCUGCUAGAUUACGAGUUUCCUCAGGACGUGAUAAGCAAGGACUCGGUAUUUCUCAAUGAUUUGGUGCUGGAUCACGAGGAUGGCGGCUACGCUUACAUUACCGAUCAGGACAGCGAGAAACCGGGAAUCGUCGUGUUCUCAUUGAAGGACAAAACAUCGUGGAAAGUUAGUCAUGAUAGAUCUAUGAGAGCUGCCAAGGAAGCUGUCGAGUACAAGUUUGAGGAUAAUGUAAUGACGAUCGAAGGUCCUGUGGAUGGGAUUGCACUUUCCGCAGCCUGUGCGCACGGCAAUCGAAUUCUGUAUUACACUCCUCUGUCGUCUUACGAAAUAUUCUCCGUUCCCGUGCGCGUAUUGAAAAGCCGUAAGCUUUCUACGGAAAAUGUCGAUAAACACAUUACACUCGUCGGCAGGAAGCCGUCGCAAACUGAUGGCAUGGUAGUUAGUGCUGACGGAUUGCUGUACUUUGGCCUUCUAACUAAAAGCGCCGUGAGCUAUUACAACACGACGUCGAGUAGGAGUCUCACGGAAAACCAACGAGUCUUGUAUCAAGACAAGGCAACAAAUCAAUGGCCUGAUACUUUUGCUAUGGACGAGGAAGGUUGGCUCUGGUGGACGCCCAAUGCUCUGCAAAAUUAUUUCGCUGACAAGCCAAACGAUCGUGCUGUGAAUUAUCGUGUCAUCAAACUGAAGACGUCCAGCAAAAGUUAUCAAUAUUACGAGGAUGGCAGUUAUCCGGAGUUACCGAAAAUUAACUAAAAUCAUUUUUUUUCUUCGAAUGCAAAGCUAUAUACAAUCAUCUCGAUAAACUGUAUGACAAAUUUUGUUAAUAAUUUAUUUUUGAACGUCAUAUACUUCUUUUUGUUGUUAUCUUCGUUUGAAAACACCGAUGCAAUGUCAUUUCGCGAUGUAACAAUUAAUUUGUCUUGUUGUUUUUGACGAUCUUCGAAGACUACAGUUGAGAAAAUUAAAUUGAUGAACAUUUUCAGAUUUUAUCCUCGUCAUCAGUUUAAAUCGUAACAGAUUACUGAAUUAUUUUCGCAGAAUUUAAUAAAAAAAAAACAUAGAACGGUAUGAUUAAUAAAUGCGUCUUUUUAUAUAUUCAGGUGUGAAAAGAUUAUCCAAAAUCCACAAUACGAAGAUGAGAUAAUCUCCUUGCGAGAUAACAAAAUAAAUUAUUCGAUGUAAGUGGUUUGAUGUAUUAUAUUGUAAAUGUUACGAUAUAUUUCCGCGGUAAAUGAAAUAAGACUUAUGAAAAAGGGA